CUUUGGAUUUGAAAUCUACUCCCAUUUUUGUUAACCAUCCAAACAUGUAUGGCAAGGAUUACGAGUGUGACGCUCCAGUCAAACUAUUGGAUAAGCAUCUACAUGCAAUGGCAGAAUCUAUAGAUGAACAACUUCUUGUUGUAUCCCAGGUGCUUGUGGCUGACAUUAAUAUUGGAUAUGAGGAGAUUGUCAAUACUCAGGUUCUUGCUUUUAAUGGCAAACCUGUGAAGAAUCUGAAGAGCUUAGCAGAUAUGGUCUAAAACUGUGAUGAUGAAUAUUUGAAAUUCGACCUUGA